AUAGAAGUAAGUAGAAUAAAAAUCGUGUGUCUUGGAAUUUUUAUGUUUGUAAACAAUUGCUGGAUUACAGUUUCCAUAACUGAGUUUUAAACCAUGAUAAGCCUUUCCUUAAACACACAGACGUUGGUUGUUAGUGUUUGUGUUGGUCUUCUGGUAUAUUACGUCAUCAAACGCCUACGAUAUCGUCUGCCACCAGGGCCUUGGUGCAUACCAGUCAUUGGCCACUAUCAAAUUUAUAGCGCACCUAGUCUACAUAGGCAAGUCGUUGAACUUUCCAAAACAUAUGGGCCUGUUGUACGACUCUCGGUUGGACCAUCAACAUGGGUGUUUCUAAAUAACUUUGAUGUUGUCUUGGAGGCGCUGGUGAAAAGAAAUGCAGAUUUUGCAGGACGAACACCUUUCCCAUCAGGGGAAAUGUUUACUGAAGGCGGCAAAGACAUCGUAUUAAGUACAUAUACACCAACAUGGAAAUUCCAUAGGAAAGUCGCAGGGAAAGCUCUUCGGCACUAUUUACAAGGAGAUCUUCUAGAAAACAUGAUUCAGGACAACAUGACCAAGUUCUUGGAUAAAAUGGCCGAGGAAAAGGAACCGUUUGAGUUCAGUACUUAUGCUAACUUAAUGGUUUACCAUCAACUCUACACAAUUUGCUUCGGAGAGAAGAAAUCACCUGAUGACCCGGAAGUGAUGUCACUGUUGAAGCUUGACGAGGAAUUGAUAGAGACAUGGGGAGUUGGGCUCUUCAUGUUGUUUGAAGAUGCUUUUCCGUAUCUGAAGGACAUAUGUCCGACGAAAACGUGGAGAAAUCUUACAAGAAUUACAGAGGAUAUGUUUAAAGUGAUUCGCACCAAAUUUUAUGAACACAAAGCGACAUUUCAAUCAGGCGUUAACAGAGACUUUACUGACAGUUUACUUAAAGCGAGACAAGAAGCUGAAAACGAGGGGGAUGAGGACGCUCUUGAGAAACUGACCGAUACACAUUUAAUUCAAACCAUUAUGGAUAUAUUUUUGGCUGGGACAGAAACCACUAGAUUUACUAUGGACUGGUUCAUGAGUUUUAUUUCUGGAAUUCCAGAAAUCCAGAUGAAAUGUCAGGAGGAAAUAGACCGAGUUGUUGGCUCAGACCGCAUAUCAAUGAAGCAUCGGAACGCCUUGGAUUUUACCGAGGCCUGUCUGUUUGAAACUUGGCGAAGGGCAUCCUUAGUCGCUUUGAGCAUUCCACAUGCCACAAUAUGUGACACAAAAGUUGGCGGUUACGAUAUCCCCAAAGGGACAACGGUCCUCAUCAACAUUUGGGCGCUUCACAAUGACCCCAACUACUGGAAGGAUCCCGAGAAAUUUGACCCUUAUCGCUUCCUGGAUGAAAACGGUAAAUUGAAACCGACAAGACCAGAGAGUUGGCUUCCUUUUUCGGCAGGCCGACGAGUGUGUUUGGGAGAGACACUCGCUAGACCGGAUAUUCUGCUAAUGUGUGCAAAUCUGCUACAGAGAUUUGAGAUCCACCUCCCCGAGGGUGUCAAGCCACAGCUUGGUGGCAAAGUUCUCUCAGAGGGCAUGGACGUACCGGUGGAUUACAAGAUUGUCGUCAGGGAACGUCAAAAACAAUAAAAUCCGAAUUUAUUAUAUUGCUAUUAUGGAACUUGCAUAUUUUAAUUCUUCAGUUAUGCAUACUUAAAUUACUGAUGUACAUAAUUAUUUAAUGUGCAUAGUAAGACGUUUUCACUGAAAUCACACAGUAUUUUUUCGUCAUAUAUUUAGUGAUUCUUUUGCAACGAAAUGACUAAUUUUAAACUUUUACAUACAGUGAGACAAGUAUUUUCGUU